AUGGCAGCACCCGUGGUCGAAAAUAUCACUCUCCCAAUCCCGGGUCAUGGGAGCCUGCGAGGCGUACGAUGCGGUACCUCAGUGAAUAGGUUCCUAGGUGUACCCUACGCCCUCCCUCCCAUAGGGCCCCGACGUUGGCAAAAGCCUGCCGCUCUGCCGCCAGACUUUGUGUAUGGCGAAAACGGCGCUCCUCUCGACUGCACAAAGCUUGGCCCCAUAUGUCCACAGCCAGAUUAUGUGAUGAAUGGGACAAAUCUCUCGGCUGUGGAGGGUGCAUCGAAUUCCGAGGAUUGUCUCUUGCUGAAUAUUUGGGCUCCAGCAGCCAAGCAGCACAGCAGCCAAAAAUGGCCUGUGUAUGUAUGGCUCCAUGGCGGCUGGUUACAAAUAGGGAAUCCUUGCCACACGCCUCGGACUGACCCUUGGGAGCUGGUCGACAAGUCGGGGGCCAACCUACAAGCGGUUGUGGUGGCUGUUGGGUAUCGCCUCAACAUAUUCGGGUUCUUAGCCGGAGAAGGUGUCAAUGGCAACUUUGGACAUUGGGAUCAGCGAUGUGCCCUGGAAUGGGUACAAAAGCACAUUUCGAGCUUCGGAGGUGAUCCACAUCUGGUGACUUUGGGAGGUCUCAGUGCUGGUGCCUUGUCAACACAUUACCAACUGCAAUACGAGUUGCUCCAUGGGGCCGAGUCAACCCCGUUGUUUCAGAAUAUCUUCAUGUGCUCCAAUGCGAUCUCGGUUCAACCUAAAUCAAUUCAAGAAUCGGACUCCCAACUGCAGGACGUCUUUUCUGUGUUCAAAAUUGACCCAUCCCUUCCCGCGCAGGAGAAAAUCGACCGCCUCCGUGCGAUACCUGCGAGCGAAUUAGUGGCUAGUUUCCCCUUGAUGCGGUUGGACACGUUCCGUACGGUGACCGACGAGAACUUCGUUUUGCGCGACAUGCUCAAGCUGUUGAGAAAUGGCACAAUAGCCAAAUUGUUCAAAGAACGAGACAUGAAAAUUUUGAUUGGCGAAGCUGAAAGCGAGCAUCACAUGUAUGCUCUGAUCAACCCGCCUUCUUCCAAGAGCAUGUUGCAAACGGCUUUAGAGAACUACUAUCCAGCGGAGAUCUGCAAGAAGCUGAUUCCGAGAUACAAUUCGGGUGAGGAGCAUGACGUUGGUCAGAUUUAUGGAAUGAUCACAUCGGAUGUUCAAGUUCGUGCGCCGAUCAGAGCAUUUGCCAAGACUCUUGUGGAUGCUGGGGUUCCAUUAAGCAAUAUCUGUCGGUACCGCAGCAGCUUCCGGGCAAAGUGCAUCGAUAGUCUUUACGAUCCCAAUUUGGGCGUGACACAUUCUGUCGACAUGUGCGUUUGGUGGUAUUUGAUACGUUUUGGCUAUGACGAGCCAGAGACUGCGGCAACCAAGGACUGGUUAUCGCGAACGUUAAUACCCUUGGUCAGGGGCGAUUCCAUGCACCCGGGAUGCUCCACCAUUAAGCAGUAUCUGGUGUUUAGGCCUGAUGCCAGCAUAGAGGUGGUGGAUGAUGUGUACUGGGAUGACAUGAUAGCGACAUCUGAACUAUGUGCCGAGACAGCUUAG